AGUUCCACAGUUGCAUGAAAAUGGACACUGGUGGGCGGGGUCGGCUACGGCCCCGCAAGGGGACUGUGCAGACGGUGAAUGCGGGAAAGGGGAACACCGAAGAGGUGUCAGCGACUCCUGCUGCCGCUUCCUCGUCCACCUGUCCGUACCGGUGUAUUGAAUGCAACCAAGAGGCCAAGGAGUUGUACCGAGACUAUAACCACGGCGUGCUGAAGAUAACCAUCUGCAAAUCCUGCCAGAAACCUGUGGACAAAUAUAUUGAGUAUGACCCCGUUAUAAUUUUGAUUAAUGCUGUUUUAUGCAAAGCGCAGGCCUACAGGCAUAUUCUUUUCAACACUAAAAUCAAUAUGCAUGGAAAACUCUGCAUAUUUUGUUUGCUUUGUGAAGCCUACCUGAGGUGGUGGCAGCUUCAAGAUUCAAGCCAGAACACGGAUCCUGAUGACUUUAUCAGAUAUGCUAAGGAGUGGGAUUUCUACAGAAUGUUUGCAAUUGCUUCUCUAGAACAAGCGGCCUUUUUCAUUGGCAUUUUUACUUUCCUGUGGAUAGAACGAUCUAUCACAACCCAAAAAAAGCCCAACUCUGUCCUGCUGCUGAAAGCCUUACUGUUAUCGAGCUACGGAAAGCUCUUGCUGAUCCCAGCCGUCAUCUGGGAGCACGAGUACACGCUGCUGUGCCUGAGGUUCAUUAAAGUCUUCGUCCUCACCUCGAACUUCCAGGCGAUCAGAGUGACACUGAACAGCACCCGCAAGCUGGCCCUCUGCGCCAUCCUGUGCGGCUUACUGGUGGAGAGCACCGUGGUCUACUUCUUCAGGAGGAUGGAGUGGGACCUCGGGAGCGACUGCGCCAUCUACAAGGCGCAGGACUUCUGAAGAGGGACCGGAGCACCCGAGUGUGCGAGCAUUCAGACAGGUACAUGCUGCGCGCUCCCCAGGGCCUGGCGCGGCCUCUUCUCCACCCACCCAGACGCAGUCUGUCGUCUUGGCUCCUCCGUGGAAGGAAGACUUUCCCCAAACCCCCUCGUUGCCACACACCCAGGCCACCCUCCUCAGCAGUCGCGGGUCCUGGAUCUUCUGAGACUCCGGGCGCAGACGAUUUGCCCCCAUCACGAUUUCUGGUUAGGAACCCAAGGUCACCGUCGGUAAUAGCCACUUGGAAGCCGUUGUCCUUCGCUACGUCAGCCCCGUUGUGUCAGACGCUGUUCAUGUCCCUGUGUUUGUGCCUGACGUCCCCCGACUCCCCCAGGUCUGGUGCCGAGAGAAACCGUGGCUCAGGCCACCCUGUGUCCCCAUCAUGCAGGGCCUGGCCCAGUGAGUGUGCGGCGGUUGGUUUCAGCAGACUGGGCUGUUCCACAGACCCCUGUCGUCACCCACAGCGUGUUCUUCACUGUCCGAGGCGUGACCAGCUGCGUCUGAAGGAGAGAAAGCAGAUACAAGCAAGCUCCUCGUUCCUGUCGAGUGAAAUUUUGGAUGUGCUUCCUGAAAAAGGCAGCGAUGCUAAUGGCGUCUGACACCCCAACCGACAGCCCCUCCCCCCUGCGCGCAGGAAACAGCCUGAGCACAUCCAGAUCCUCCCAGACACACACCCCCUCACACAGACACAGGGGAUGUGCGCCCCAAGUGAGGACUCGUGCAUUACAGAUCACUGCAGGUGAGCACUUAAAUGAAGAGCGGAACACGCAUUCGUGAUUCACAGUAAAAAUCUGUGUUUCAGCCCUGGCCGGGGAGCUCCGCUGGUUAGAGCAUUGCCGAGGUUGCGGGUUCGACCCCAGUCAGGGUGCAUAGGAGACUCAACCAGUGAAGGCAUGAAUGAGUGGAACAAUUCAAAUCAGGAUUUCUUUCUCUUUUUCUUUGCCUACCCCAUCCUCGCUCUCUCUAAAAACUUUUAAAAAAAUGUGCAUCAUGCCUAUGGCAUUUUUUAAUAUCUUUUAAUUUAAAUGUGAAGUUACUGACUUUAAAUAACAUUUAAAAUAAUAUUUUGUAUUCUUAUAACAAUAGAACUUUG